CUUCUAUCAACUUCUCACUCACUCACUCAUUCACUAAGCUUCAUCUUUUACUGCCAUAACUCAACGUAGAUUCACUCAACCCAGUGACACAUACCCGCUAUCGAGCACAUCAUCGUUUGUGAUUACAUAUCAUGUCUUCCCGUCCUUCAGUCGUCGGCCCAGACUCCGGCCCCGAGGCCCCUUAUCCUCUUCACAUGGAAGGCAAAGUGAUUUCUGGUUUCGGCCGCGGCUCCAAAGAGCUCGGCAUCCCAACUGCCAACCUCCCUGUGGACGAGGCUCUCACACCAUGGAUCGCCAACAUCUCCUCCGGAGUCUACUUCGGCUAUGCCUCUCUCGCUCUGCCCACAACACACCCGGACAUCCCAUCGGCUUCAUCCAACGGACCUCCCAAGUCUGACACAGAGGAUGCUCUCCUCGCUGCCGAAGCCCCUGCUAACCCUCCUUUCCACAUCUUUCCCAUGGUGAUGUCCAUUGGGUACAACCCCUUCUACAAGAACACAGUUCGCAGCGCAGAGGUUCAUGUGCUGCACAAGUUCACCGCAGACUUCUAUGACGUGCCUAUGCGUCUCCUCAUCCUUGGCUUCAUCCGUGAGGAGAAGGACUACAAGAGUCUGGAGGCUCUGAUCGAAGAUAUUAACUUUGAUUGUGAAGUUGCAAAGAACAGUCUUGCCCGCGAGGCUUGGGCUCCUGCAAAGGGACGUGUUAUUGGCGGUAAAGAUCUUGAGGGCAAGUUAGAUGUCCAGUGGUUACUUCGAGAUGCCUAGGAUAGAUCCAAGAGAAAUAGAACAUGGUAAAAAGUGGCCGGGAGUUAUGGAUAGAUAGCAACAUAGAAGAGAUGGGAUCUU